CAUUCCGGAAUGGUCCGCCAUUUGCGAGCGAAUCGAGCGUGCGUGCGUGCGCGCGCGCGCGCGAGAGAGAGAGAGAGAGAGAGAGAGAGAAAGCGGAGAAACUCUCCGUCCCUCAAGCACGAAUACAUUUACGAUCACAUUUUAUAAGUAAUCGUAUGGUUGUAAUCGCAUUUGACAACAGAGUAUAAGUGCAUCUCGUCUCUCCUACUACUUUUAUUUCUAUUUUCGUUCAGAAAAGAAUUUAUAACUCGAUUCGAACGACCGCUAAAAUUAUCCUCCAUGAUCCAGUACUUUUCCGUUUUUAUUUCUUCUUCUUGCCUUGAAGCGGACAUUCCAUCGAGGUCCGUUGCGUUAGGAAGGUGUCAAAAUACGCUUUCCUUUCCGUUCCUUCGAAACGAAUACACGACGUUCGGAAUUCUUUCGAAAGGCCAUUAAGCAGGCUCGUCGUUUCGUAUUUAUUUCUUCCUCUAUUUUUAUUUUUAAACAUAUUCGAAUUAUAAAUAUAUUGUCAUACAUUCCCUCGAAUCGAUAUCGAUGAGAUUUUCAUAAAAGAUUCGGGAUACGAAAAGGAUGAGAAAAUGAAGGAUAUUUGAAGAGUCAUUCGUUGUCGCUUCGUUAUGACACUUGUGCGAGAAAGUCGGAGGCUGAGCCAAGAAUUCCAGGGGGGUCUUGAGCGCAGGUGAGUCCGGGAUGAUGAUGUGGCACAUUGGCCUCGUUCGCUCGAAUAACUUCCCUCGCUGCUAUUAGACCGGUUCUCCAUACGACGAUUUUUCCUUACGGAAAUCCCGUACGAGUCAGAUAUAAGACAAUCGAUCAAGAAAUCGAUCUAUCUGGCGAAACUUCGCGAAGAGAAUCAUUUCUUUCCUACGACUUUUCAUUUUACUCCUAUUAAUAUAGAUAGCAGGGACAUCAUUUAAUGUAAUAAACAUCGAUUUUAAAUGCAAAAGUAAAUGACGCAAUCUGUACGCGUCAUUAUGAUAAUGUGCGCCAGCUUUGCGCAUUGUCAUCGCCAGUUUUUUUUUUAUUAGCAAAAGUUUGCUGAAUCGAGGUAAAAGUGGACACGCUCAGUCAUCGUCGAACUAGCGAAUAGUAAAUACGAUUAAGAGAUAUGUCUCUCGAUCAGAAAUUCGAAGCAGCCGAAACAGCGGUAAAAGCUCUUACCAAGCGUCCUACCGACGAAGAACUUUUAGAACUGUACGCCCUUUACAAGCAAGCUACGAUAGGGGAUUGCGAUACACCGAAGCCCGGUAUAUUCGAUUUGAAAGGAAAGGCAAAAUGGGAAGCUUGGAAAAGCAAGAAAGGUAAUUCGAAAGAAGCGGCUAAAGAGGCGUACAUCAAGCAUGUCGGCGAAUUGAUGGAAAAAUAUAAAUGAUCAGACGACGAUUAUUCAACGAAUAAUUAAACUUAUCGAGCGAAUAUGAAAAUAUACGCAGUUAUGUAAAAUAUAUACGGUUAUGAGAAUAGUAUAAAUAACGUUUUCUUUGGGAAAAUA